GGAAGGCGGAGCUGUUGACCGAACGAGCGUUUCAGUACCGACGGGUCCUAAAACCCCGCGCCGCGGAUGCUCCCGGAGACCCGCCAUUAGCCCUCAAUUCAGAGCCGGAUUGGAAGGGCGCUCCGCUGAGGCCUCCGCCUGUGGCUCAGGUGUGAUGAGGUGUUAAGAAACAACCGCUCUGUGGCCCCCCCCCCCGCGCGCCGGCCCCGGCCGACUCGGCCCCUGGAAAGCGCAUGGUGGUGAGCACGGCCUCCACGGAGGUGCGCUGACACCGCCCACCUCUCCCUCCCCGGUCAAGUCCACCUGGCAACGGUUACCGCGACGAUGAGCUCUCAUAGCCGCUCAGUGGACGUGAGCUCGGCAGCGCUGCCCAUGCAGGUGCCCCCCACCACCACAGCCAUCCUGCCAAUGGACCUGCGCGUCGUGGACCACCACCACCAUCACCACCCCCAUCAUCACCACCACUCCCACCAGCAGCCCGCCUUCGGCAUGGGCCCCCAACCCCACCCUACGCCGCCUAUCUCCGCGGCCUGCCCCAUGCCCUGCGAUGGGCCAGGCCGCGGGCCGGUUGUUAAUCAGCCGGAGCUGCAGCAGGAGCUGGUGACGCUCAAACACAAGCAGCAGCUCCAGCGGCAGCUCCUGAUCGCCGAGUUCCAGAGGCAGCACGAGCAGCUGUCGCGACAACAUGAGGUCCAGCUGCAGGAGCAUGUCAAGUCUUGCGUCUCUCUCCACCAGCACCAACAGGAUUUACUGGCACUCAAGCACCAACAGGAGCUGUUGGAGCACCAGAGGAAGAUGGAGCAGCAGCAUCUCGAGCAGGAGAUGGAGAAGCAGCAGCGCGAACACAAACUCCUACAGCUGAAAAACAAGGAGCGGGGACAAGAGAGUGCAGUGGCCAGCACAGAGGUUAAGAUGCGCCUUCAGGAGUUUGUCCUGAACAAGAAAAAGGCCCUGGCUCAGCGAAGCCUCAACCACCGUCUGCCCAGCGACCCGCGCUUUUGGUAUGGAAAAACCCAGCACAGCUCUUUGGACCAGAGUUCUCCUCCCCAAACAGCAUUGUCAGCGUACACCCACCCGAUGCUGGGCACAUACGACUCAAAAGACGACUUCCCCCUCCGCAAAACAGCCUCAGAGCCCAACCUGAAGCUUCGCUCCCGGCUAAAGCAGAAGGUGACGGAGCGCCGCAGCAGCCCUCUCCUCCGGAGGAAAGAUGGCCCCAUCACUACCGCCAAGAAGCGCUCCCUCGACGUGGCUGAGUCCGCAUGCAACAGCGCACCGGGCUCCGGUCCCAGCUCCCCCAACAACAGCUCCAGUAACAUCCCCUGUGAGAACGGGGUAAAUAUCUCCUGCAGCCCAGGAGAGGCCUCCCUGCUUCAGAGGUUGGCUGCAAGGGAGGGUUCAGUCAGCCAGCUGUCUCUCUACACCUCCCCUUCUCUGCCCAACAUCACCCUGGGACUGCCAGCCACGGGGCAGGCCAGCUCUGUGGGGUCAGUACACCAAGAUGGCGAGAGUCGUCUGGCGCUGCCCGCGCUACAGCAGGGGAUUCCUCUGACCCGUCCCUUCCUGCCCACGGCCCACCUGCCUUCCUACUUGGCGUCCUCGGCUCUGGACAGGGAGGGGGGCGGAGGGGGCGUGGCUGGUCACAACCCCCUUCUCCAACACAUGGUGCUGAUGGAGCAGAGCCACAAUUCAAUGGUUGGUCUGGCCGGCCUCCCGCUGCCGUCCCCCUCCGUCUCCAAACUUGCCCGUGGGCACCGCCCCCUUGGCAGAACCCAGUCGGCCCCUCUCCCCCAGCAGCAAUGUGGACAGGCCCAGGCCCUGCAGCAGCUGGUGGUCCAGCAGCAACACCAGCAGUUCCUGGAGAAACACAAACAGCAGUUCCAACAGCAGCAGCACAUCAUCAACAAGAUCAUGUCCAAGCCCGGUGAUCCCGUGUCGGCAGCGAGCUCCAGCGCCUCGGGCCCGGCCAGGCAGCACCAGAGUCACCCUGAGGAGACGGAGGAGGAGCUCAGGGAGCACCAGGGGCUCUCCCUUUCAUCCUUGUCAGCCUCUUGUUCGGCGUCGGCGCAGGAUACGGGGCCUCUGCGAGGGCUGGUCAUCAAGCAGGAGCCCUCGGACCCCCAGGAGCAGCAGCAGGAGGAGAGGGAGAAGAUGGAGCGACUAGUCGAGCAGGACUUCCUGUUCCGACAGACUUUCCUGAGUCAAAAUAGAAAAAAGGAAGAUGAAACUGAUAGGAAUUUUGGCAUCAAAUCCCUUCCCGGUAACAUCAUCUCAUCAUGUCAAGCUCUGCUCUUGGAGCAGCAGCGGAUCCACCAGCUGAGGAACUACCAAGCCUCCAUGGAAGCAGCCGGGUUGUCGGUGAGCUUCGCCGGACACCGUCCCCUCUCCAGAGCCCAGUCGUCCCCAGCCUCCGCCUCCUUCCCCAUGGUGGUUCAGGAGCCGCCCACCAAGCCUCGAUUUACAACAGGCCUGGUGUAUGACUCUUUGAUGCAGAAGCACCAGUGUAUGUGCGGCAACACCACCAGCCACCCGGAGCACGCUGGACGAAUCCAGAGUAUCUGGUCCCGCCUACAGGAAACUGGCCUCAGGUCGCACUGCGAGUGUAUCCGCGGGAGGAAAGCCUCGCUGGAGGAGUUACAGACGGUCCACUCUGAAGCCCACGUCCUGCUCUACGGAACCAACCCGCUGCGGCAGAAACUGGACUGUUCAGUGAGUCCCAUGUUUGUGCGGUUACCGUGCGGAGGCAUAGGGGUGGACAACGACACCAUUUGGAACGAGGUGCAUUCGUCCAGUGCGGCUCGUCUGGCCGUCGGCUCGGUGGUGGAGCUGGUGUUCAAAGUAGCGUCGGGGGAGCUGAAGAACGGUUUCGCUGUAGUUCGACCACCUGGACACCACGCUGAGGAGAGCACGCCUAUGGGCUUCUGUUACUUCAACUCGGUCGCCAUAGCAGCCAAGCUGCUGCAGCAGAGACUCAAUGUCAGCAAAGUCCUCAUCGUGGACUGGGAUGUUCACCACGGCAAUGGCACCCAGCAGGCCUUCUACGCAGACCCCAACGUUCUCUACCUUUCACUGCAUCGCUACGACGAUGGGAACUUCUUCCCCGGCAGCGGAGCGCCCGACGAGGUGGGCAGUGGAGCGGGUGUAGGCUUCAACGUGAACAUGGCCUUCACUGGAGGACUGGAGCCUCCCAUGAGUGACGCAGAGUACCUGGCUGCUUUUAGGACGGUGGUUAUGCCUAUUGCCAACGAGUUCGCCCCAGACGUGGUUCUGGUAUCGUCGGGCUUCGAUGCGGUGGACGGACACGCCCCGCCCCUCGGAGGAUACAAGCUGACAGCCAAAUGCUUCGGCUACCUGACCAGGCAGCUGAUGGGUCUGGCAGGCGGUCGGCUGGUGCUCGCCCUGGAGGGAGGUCACGACCUCACGGCCAUAUGUGAUGCCUCCGAAGCCUGCGUCUCUUCUCUGCUUGGCAACGAGUUGGACCCCAUUCCUGAAGAGGUGCUGCAACAGAUACCAAAUGCCAACGCUGUCCGCUCUAUGGAGAAGGUUCUUGAAAUACACAAUAAAUACUGGCGCUCGCUGCAGCGCUCCGCCUCCACACUGGGCUGCUCGCUGAGCGAAGCCCUGCGGCGGGACGCCGAGGAGGCCGAGACCGUGUCCGCCAUGGCCUCGCUGUCCGUCGCCAACAAGCUCGUUGGAAAGAGGGCUGAAGAGGAACCCAUGGAAGAGGAAGCUACCAUGUAAAGGAACAUUGUCUUUGCGCUUCAUAUUUGACAGUGUCCUCACCCAGACAGUGUCGAUAGAAAUGGUACUGCCGCGUCUCACCCCCCGCCUCACAUAGAUGAGGCCCAUUAUUGUGGGGGGGAGAGCGCUUGGAGGUGGUGCUUGGAAGACCGGACCACUGCGGACGAGCGUUCGCUGAUCGGCAGUGCACGGACUGAUCAGCGUGCAGGUGUUGCAUUGCCUCUUCAAGACCCUGGAUGUAAGAGGAACAACUCAACCACGCCACAACGACGACCUCGAGUGCCAGUGCUUUUAAAAACACUACACACGGUGUACUUUUCAAAUGCAAAUAAGGAACUAUCCGUCGACAUCUACUUUUCUUAUCGUUCUGUUCUUUCUGCGCUUUAUCGUCACCUUCACACCUUUUCAUCAUAAAACCACCAGAGCUUUUGUGAUUGUGACUCAUCGUGGAGGAAUCAGCCCUGCUUUUUCAAGAUGUCCGAACGAAUGGAAGAAGCAUUUGAUGCAGUUUGCAGAGGUGGUUUCCAGCAGGUGUUAUGAUUCCAAAAUGACAGUGAAAGUCUGCGCGUCCGUGCCUUUUUUUUUUUUUCAACCUGGUGGAUCUUCUGUUUAACUCUACUGAAAGAGCUACGCCUUAAAAAACAGGUUUUGGAACAAGGCCUCUUCUCCCCGACCCCUUAAACAUUUCUCCCCUGGCAAGACCUUCAACGCCUGCAUGUUUUGGCACAUAGACUGGAGUACCUUUGCAUGUUAACCUGUAAUUCCCUGUAAGCAGCCUGCUGUCUCCAUGUACCUCCACAUUUCCUUCUUUUAAAUAAUAUAAUGUCCGCGAGUUGGAGGUGGUUCCGUUUCAAAGCAAGUUCCAGGUUUAACUAGUAUUACUGAGUUGAAGCAUGUAUCAGUUUCGGUCCCCGAAGCCAGAGGAAACGUCUCAGAGGACCAGCUGCACCUUAGAUACAUGUUGGGACGACUCCCCCUGUGCGGGUCCCGUUAAUGUUCCUGCAAUCUACGGAGAUUACUGCAAAUCUCACAAUGAAUUGAACAGUUAAUCAGUCUAAUGUCCACAGGUUCAUUGGGGUCUCCUUGGCAACUGGCCCAAUGAGACUGGGAUCAGCUGUUAGGUGCCAUGCGCUGAAAAGGAUCAUCCUGUUAGAAUCAGUGUGACUUCCUGCAGCUUAAUGAAGAAUCGAGAGGAAUAACUAUUACCUCAUAUGGGCCUAUGGUUGGAAGCAGCCCUCGCUUUAAAACAACUGUGUCCCUGUGGCAACAAUGACAAAACCACCUGGGAUAUUCCAGAGGGGGGGGGGGGCUGCACAGGCUCCCACAGCUGGUUUAACAUCUUUAGUCCCCACACAUCUGCUCCCCAAAUGUCAGGCAUUAUGAGGCAGGUGUGUGUACAUCUGUUCCAAUACAGCCGAGCACAAGCUGCUCUUUCUAAACAUACUUGCAUAGACGCAUAUUUUUUUAGUACUUUAUUUUUGUAUUAACCUUUUCCAAUUCUCUUGACCAGUGGGAAAAAGCCCAUAGGGAAUAAACACGGAACUUUGGAAAGCACGUGUAGCUCAGAUUCAGAUGCUGAAUCCUUCCGCCCAUUCUAUCAAAUCUACAAUAUAAAAAUCUUUUUUUCUCCCCCCGCUGGCCUGUAAAGAGUAUUUCAAUAAAUGCAGAACUUGUUCCUCAAACAUUGAGCAUUACCUCCCAUAGCAGAACCCUGCUGGCCACACAGCACACCAGCCACCAACCGAGCCGUGAAUACACGCUCCCUUCCGUUUUAAACAAUACAUGUCCAAGCUGGUGCUGAAGGCUGUAACCACCUCUCCAACUUCGCUCAGCAUUGUUUCCUCUACGAGCUAAUCAUGCUGAGUGUGUUUCUCCUGGUGAGAGGAGGCGGAGUGCUGUGGGGUUUACUGGUGUUUACUGUACAUAGGACAUCAAUAUCCGCAGUAUUCCUGCCACACGCGUUUGUCUAUGACUACUCUGCUCUUGUUGAUUUUAUUUCUUUUUCUUCCUUUGUUUUUUUUGCCGCACUUUGGACUCGUGUGUUCUUUUUGUACCUUUCAAUGCCGUUUUGUUCACGUUGCCCUCUUCUCUCCGUCUGUUUGUUACAGUGUAAAGCUCACAUACUUAGUGGACAUUACGUGGCUUAGUUUGUGUGGGAUGGUUGGGGUACAAAUGUUUCUACUUUGUAUAAUGAUGGACAAUUGUGUAUUUACUGUCUGUUCAUAGUAGAUUUAUAUAUGAAAAGAAAUGAGUAUAUUAUAUAUAUAUAUAUCUAUAUAUACAUAAUGAAAUCCUAUGGUCUUGUUUUUGAAGUUGGUAUUGAAAAAUGAUCCUUUUCAUGGGCCGUGCAGUCAGUCGGCCCUUUUUCAGGCUCCAUUUACUGUCCUUUGCUACAGUUGGUUACAUGUUUAGUAGUUUUACUGGUUGUCCUUUUGACUUUGAACACUGAUGACUAGUUUUUGGCUUCAUCCAUCCCGUUGGUACCAUAACACUGUUACAGCACACUGUCCGCUCGGCCUCACAUUCAGGCACAUAUUCCUAUUAUUCCACUUUUUCUUACGUUUAUGUGUGUAGAUAUAUUUUUUGUACGAAAACACAUUCUCACUACCACUUACAAAGUUUCAGUAUUUUUAAGAAAUGUGAGACUGAAAUUGAAAGUAUGCAUCUAUAAGUGUCCAAAGGCGGUUUCUUCCUCAAGGUUUACAAGUUCAACCUCCGACCCAAAAAGAAAAAUGAGAUAGGUGUAUUUGAAUUGGAAUAUGGCCAUGCUAUCCCCCUACCUUAAAUCACCCUAAUGGGCCUCACAAAUGACUUCAAAUGAUCAUCACUUAUUUCCUUAUCUGGACAAAAGAUUUAAUUGAAUUCAACAUUCCUUAAAUUUGUGCAGUUCACAUGUGUAAUCUUGUUCUUUAGUUCAGUAAUGCCAAAGGUUCCGUCUUCUCUGUCCUCACAGAACUGCAACCCUUCGCCUGCGCAAGGACCAGUGUCUCUAACAAUAUCCACUCACUCGUCUGCUAUUCUGUAAAUGUACUCAAGAAAAGCAAAGGUAGAGUAGUGAAAAGUAGUGAAUCAUUGCUUGCAGUAAAUUGUUUGCCACAAAGUUGAUUCUCCAAUGAGAUAACUGAGGUCUAGACAUUUGCAGAGGGGCGUUAUCAUGCAGCCCAUAUUUAUUAGUAUGGUUCUACUGUACAUUAUAUCAGACACCUACACAAACACCACUUUCUCUGGUAUUUCUUGUUGUUUGGUGCCCAGGACCUCAUUUGCAUUGUCUUGAUACUAGAUGCUGAAGAACGUAUUUGUGGUUGGAAUGUGAAAAAGCAAAUAGUCAGGCUACCCUGAAUAGUACCUUCACUUGGACAGCCUCAAAUACAAACACUCUUGGUCAGAUGCUUUUCAGUAACACAGUCCCAGAACAUUCCCAGAUCCAUUGAGCAGCAGUGCCAGUUGUGGGGUUUCUUUUGCUGAAUGUUUUGGUUCAGGAGCCAAAACUCGUCCUGUCCGGCCAGCUUCACUCAGUCUUAACACAAUGUCCAGUAACAGAAAAUAAAUACAAAAUCUGCAACGUUCCUUUAUGUUGUUUUCGGCGUCCACUCCAUUCCUCUUUUCUCUCCGCAUGGUCUGUAUGUCCGCAUGCACUGCCUGCCUACGUACCUGUCUGCCUGUCUGUCCGUCCCAUACCACAUAUCAGCACAAGGGAUGAAGCACUGAAGGACGUUAGUACUUUCACUGUAUCCAAACCGUCUUAUCUCCUUUACUGCUACUUUGUUUCUGCUUGGGAUGAAUUUGGGUUAUUUCCAUGUUGUGCUUAUACCUUUAGGAUAUGGAACUACAGAACCUGCAAGACCUUUGUUGAAUAUUUUACAAAAAAAGUCAAAUGUAAAAAAAAAAAAGUAUCUAGCACUUGUAACACAAACAAUAGAUUUGAUUGUAUUUAUGUAGAAUUAUUUUAGGGGGACGCUUUGUAAACUGCUACAACAGAAUGGAUUUUGUUUUUUUAACUGGGCAAGAUGUGACUUGUGGUGGACUUUUGGGAAGACGUCUUUGUUUUUUGUCACAUCUGAACUUAUCAAAGGACUCCAUCCAGGUGCCUGGUCAUUGUUACGGUUUUCCAUUCCACUAAAUAAGCCAGUUAUUGCUAUGACCACUGUGGUUCCAAAACAAUCAGUUCUAGGUUUACAUAUGUAUAAGAUGCAUAUUCCUUUUUUUUUCAAUUAGUUUUUGACUUGUUACAGAAAUAGUACAUUGUUCUCGGGAACCUUUGCUCUAACAUGUUGUCUUUGACAUGUACAGUAUAAAGUAUUGUUUUGGAAAAACU